CCUCAGAGCAAUCCCAGCUCCACCAACCCUCCAAUGGCACCAGGAGAUACCCCAAAGCCGAAUCAAGCUCCAGGCAAGCCCACAAAACGCAAAGAUGCCCACACGAACCCGAACCACAAGCCCAACACCUCCCGCGUCCCCAAGCGCCAGAAGACCUUCCACGCGCGACAGAUCCUCACCCAAGCCUCCGAUCCCUCCCUCUCCGCCGGCGAGCUAAACCUUGCCUCCUUCCUGAAGGCGCGCGAAUUUGAGAUUACCGCCCUAGAAGAUGGCAUGCGCCGUGCGAAGGGCGCACUGACGCAGCGGGCGUUCCAGCAAGUGCCGUGGGACAUGCGGCGGCGCACUGCGAGCCACAAUGCGAAGAGGGUGCCGAAGCGGUUGGCGCGGCGGGCGAAGAGAGAAAUGAAGGAGGAUAAUACGCCGACUGUUGUUGCGAGGCGGCGAAGGCCGGGGACGGCGAGGGGGAGGGUGAGGAAGGAGGGGUUGGCAAGGAUGAGGAUGCUUGUUGCAGCGACGAGGACGAAGAAGGAGGGGAAGAAUAAGGAAGAUGGGGCGGAAGCAACAGAUGGGAUACUGGGGCGGAAGGCGAGGCCGAAGGCUGCGACGGGGACGUUGAAGCGUCCGCCGAGGCCGGCUUCGAAGUUUAGGAAGAGGCAGAUUCAUAAGAGCUGGUUGCCGACGCACAUGUACCAUGCUAAGAGGGCGACUAUGACGGCGCCGGGUGAUCCGCUGUGGAGGUUCGCGUUGCCAAUUACUCCGACUCAGAAGUGUUAUAGGCCUACGCAUAGAGCUGGUGGGGAGAGGGGUGCGCUGGCCUGGGAUAUGAGUUAUAUGAGUACGAUUGGCAUUGAGGGCACUGCCGGGGCUUUGGAGAGGGUUCUGGGAGAACUAGGUGUGAGCUUCGAAGGGAAGAAAGCAGAAAAAUGGAGAGAGGGGAGAAGAACUUGGAGUGGUUUACUGAGUAGAGCCGACCAAGCGCAACGGAAGCAGAUUGGGCCAGCAACUAUUAUAUGGUGUCCACCCCCGCCCGUAGUAGAGGCUGAGGAAAUACAAACCGACAAAUCGAAGAAAGCCAAAAAGUUACCACGACACCGUCUGUUCAUACGGAUACAUCCAGCUGCGUUUCUGGAGGUGUGGGAUGAGGUCCUUCGUGUGUCAAAGAUGCAAUAUCCUAUUGUGCACGUGGAAGAUCUACGAUUCGAUAUUGGAAGCAUAGAACUUACAGGGCCAAGUGCAACAGAGGCCCUGAUCGGGACAUUACAUCGUUUUGAUGAACGAGCAACAGAGCACGGGAGCGUGUUUAAGUCAUUAGCGGGCGUGACCAAUGCCGCAUCCUUGCCGCCCAAUGCUCUUCUCUCCUUCUCAAUACUAGACCCCCGACUACGUUACCCACCUCGGAAAAUAGACCUCCCCAAACCACACGAUGAAACAGCAGCAUUCACACUUCUUCAAACCCUCGCCACCUGGCCCGCCGACGAACUCCCUCCAUCAUCAUCACUAUUCGACCGCGACAUCAGACACAAAGCAACUCGACUCCCCUCCCAAAAAGCUUUAAAUCGCCGCAAAUCCCUCGCACCCCCUGGUGCCUUUCCACCCCUCACACCUAAUGACCCCGCCAUCCCAAUUCUUCUCUACCCAUCCCGAACUUCCGCCUCAUCCUCCGCGCAAGGAACCUGGACUCUUCUCGCGCCGUGGAAAUGCAUCUCCGCGAUCUGGUAUCCGCUGCUGCAUUUUCCUCUGUCCUGCGGCGGCAACCCGCGCUUCGCGGGCCUGCAGGAGUUGCGACAAAUACGGUUCGAGCGUGGCGUGCCUUGGUUCCCUGGUGAUUUUCCGGGGACUAACGCUGGUUGGGCGUGGGAGGAGAAGGAAAGGACGAGGAGGAAGAAGGAGUGGGAUGCGCGACCGAAGGGAAAGAAGGUUUCAUGGAAAAGCUUGGAUUUGGGCGCUGGACGUGUGGGGGAGGUUGGCGUCGGGUGGGCUUGUGAUUUCGCAAGGCUGAUGGGAUUGGAAGCGCAGGACGAAAUGGAGGAUGUGAAGGCAACACUGAGCACUGAUAAACAAACAGACGCAGUCUCGGAAACGAAGACUAAGUCGGCUCCGAUCCAACAGAUCGACUCGGAGGAGUUUGAAGCACUUCUUGUGGACCCUAAACGACAGAUCCCAAGCACUUCAGUGGCUACCGUCCGUGUAACUCUUUUCUCCCGUGGCGUGCCUCAGCCGUGCGCACGCAUCUAUCGCCUCCCUCUCGUUUCCACAACCACCGAGACAACAUCGAACCCCCAAGCUACCCCAAUCACCGCCGUUACCACCCCCCCCCCAUCCUCAACACCUGCCGACAUCCGCGCCUCAUGGCUGGCCCUUGUCCCUCCCACCACAAAGAAACCGGGAAAUCCCAAGCCCACCAAUCCCCGUGCCACUAAACUCCCACCCACCGCCACACCAGCGGACCGGUCCCGCGCGCUCGCACAAGAGCUGGUCCAGACUCCACCUCUACCAUAUCCGCCGCCAGUGCCGGAGCGCGCACACCCGCUCGUAUCGGGGGAGGAGGACCUGAUUGGGUUUGUGAUGACGGGAAAUUUCAACCUCGCUGCUGGGGCGGGCACGGGAAUUGGAGCCCUGGGUGUGGAAAGGGUUGUGGGGGGUGUGAGGGGAGGGGGGAAGUGGAAGGGAACGAGGGGUGAAAGGCUCUGUGUUGUUAGAGGAGUAGGGGAGAGUGUGGGGAGGCUGGGGUGGUGGGAGGUGAUUUAG